UGCCAUAUUUGUGCUAUCAGGGGUGAAUUUUUCGUGCGUUCUGGACACUCGUGGUACAUGUAACCGUGGAUGUGAUAUUUCAGUGUUUAAUUUGCGUACAGAGGCUACAUAAAGCGUUAAAUUUAACGCGCCCAUACAUGGAUGUUCCAUAGGUCGGUGAUCGCUUUGUUGUGUGUUGUUUGAUUGUACGCAGGAAGUGGAUAAACGCUGUGGCUAGCUUUCUCCAUCGCAAGUAGCUCCGUUUCGAUACUGGUGCUUGAAAAGUUUGUAGGUCUUAUCGUCACGCUGCUAUUGACUGUUUUAACGCAAGAAAAUGGAACACAUCAACACGCCAAAGAUUGAAAAUGUCCGCAUGAUUGACAGAUAUAACAGCAAAAACCCAACAGUCGGUGUGCUGUAUCUUACGGCCACGCAUCUCAUAUUCGUCGAUCCGGAUGCCAACAAAGAGACAUGGGUCCUGUACAUGCACAUCGCGAACGUGGAAAAGUUGCCCCUGAGCACAACCGGCUCACCGUUGCUGAUACGCUGCAAAACGUUCCUUUCCAUCACGUUCGUCAUACCGAAGGAACGCGAGUGUCACGACGUCUACACCACACUGACGAAGCUGUAUCAGCCGGUGCACAUCAAGAAUCUGUACUGCUUCCAGUACACUACCGCGGCAAAGGAGCUGCCCAAGGCUACCGGCUGGGACUACUUCAAGCUGGAGCACGAAUUCAAGCGGAUGCGGGUCCCGAACGACCAGUGGAGUGUCUGUGCGCUCAAUCAAAACUAUGAACUGUGCGACACGUACCCUCGGCAGAUUUACGUGCCCGCCUACGCAAACACGCAAAUACUGCUCGGAAGCUCGCGGUUCCGGUCGAAGGGCCGCUUACCUGCGCUUACCUAUUUGCAUUCGAACAAGGCGUCAAUUUGCCGUUGUAGCCAACCACUGUCGGGUUUCAGUGCUCGCUGUCUCGAGGACGAACAAAUGCUGGAAACGAUACGCAAGACCAACCCCAACUGCAACUUUAUGUACGUCGUUGACACGCGGCCAAGGAUUAACGCCAUGGCAAACAGGGCGGCCGGCAAGGGCUACGAGAACGAGGCCAACUAUGAAAAUAUCAAAUUCCAGUUUCUUGGUAUCGAAAACAUUCACACGAUGCGUGCCAGUCUGCAGAAGCUGAUUGAGUGCUGCGAACAAAAGUCGCCAACCAUGAGUGGAUUCUUAAGUGCCCUGGAAUCUUCUGGCUGGUUGAAACACAUUCGAUCGAUACUGGAUACAUCCUGUUUUAUCGCAAACGCUGUCGAUAAGGGCAUUUCCGUUGUCGUACACUGUUCGGACGGAUGGGAUCGUACGGCGCAAGUAUGUUCGCUUGCUGCGCUUAUGCUGGAUCCGUACUACAGGACAAUUAAAGGAUUUCAGGGAUUGAUUGAAAAGGACUGGCUUGCAUUCGGUCACAAAUUCAGCGACCGGUGCGGACACAUUCAAAACGAUCCGAAGGAAGUAUCUCCCGUGUUUACUCAGUUGCUUGAGUGUACCUGGCAGCUGAUGCAGCAGCGUAACGAUGCUUUCGAGUUUAAUGAAAGAUUCUUGCUAAUUCUGCACGAUCACGUAAUGUCCUGCCAGUACGGUACGUUCGUGGGCAACUGUGAGAAGGAUCGAUUGGACCUACGGCUAGCAGAAAAAACCUUCUCCUUGUGGGGUUACAUGUCGAACCAUCUGAACGAGUACAUAAAUCCGCUCUAUCGACCGGAGAUGGAUGAAACGAUAAAACCCAAUCUUGCCCCGCAAAACAUAAAGUUUUGGCGCGGUAUGUACAGCCGGUUCGAGAGUGGCGUUCAUCCGCGGGAACCGUUGGAAGAUUUAUUGAUCGCUAGCAAGGAUCAUUGCACUUCGCUGGAAGAUCACGUGCAACAUCUGACGAAGCGUAUCAACAGCUUUAAAAAUAUGCUUUCCAAGUCGGCCAAACGAUUGCAGGGUGGUAGUGCGGCGUUGCAGUCACGAUACAACACGGACACUCGGGGCCCUAUUGAGGUGAACGAUAAUCGGUACAAUUACGAUCGUAAGCUAAGCGAACUGUCGGCGGCGGACGAUGAUCAUCCGCUAAAGACGAGCGAUUUUUCUUUCUCCAAUCUAUCGAUUUCAGAAUAUAACAAUGAAGUGGAUAAAGUGAACGAAGACAUCAACACGGUUGCUGUCGAGUGGAAAUCUCUCCGAUCGGUCGUAAACUGUCCCACUUGCUCUAUACCUUUUGACCAAAUUACGAAAAAGAAUCACUGUUGGAAAUGUGGAGAAGUGUUCUGCAGUAGAUGCAUCGACAAAACGUUAUCACUACCGGGUCACGAAAGUGGCAAUCCAGUGCCAGUUUGUCGACAGUGUUUCCGCAUAGUACAGCAAGUGAGUCCUUAAAGGAACACGAGCAACAACAUUCCUCGAUUGAUUCGAUGUAGCUUGUAAGUAAAUAUCUAUGCUACACUUGUUUUCGACUAUUACUGGCAGUAUCUUCGGGAUGUACAAAAUUGUAAUGCGUUUGUGAGGCUACCGGGGCUGGUAAAAAGUAACGGUAAAAAGGUGGCCGAAGAUAUAUAACGCUACAAAUAAGUGAAAAAUCAAAUAGUGCAACUUUUUCAGUUGAAAUAGACCAAAGUACAGCGGCAAAGUGGUUUAAUGAUACCAACACAUACAAGUGCUUGCAGGACAGUAAUGAUCGAAAGGCGGAAGGGCUUAGGAGAUAAAAUCGUUGCGAAUGGCUGUCAAUCUUAGUUGUUAAUUACCAUUAGUCGUAAGCUACGUUAACAUGAAACAUACAAGAAAAAGCAUACGCACUCAUCGACAAGAAGACAGUGUGACAAUGCAUUGUUAGAACUAUUAUAUUCAUAAGCAUAAUGUGUAAAAUGAUUAGUUUAAGUAAAAUUAAUUUCGAGGGCUGAAAAACAAUAUUUAUCUUACUAAAAACAUAUGCACGAGCUUUUGCUUGGCUUUGAUACACUCUUCGGUAUUGAGCUGAAAGAGAGCUUUAUCGAUGGCUGUAAUGAAUGAAAAUACAUUGACAAAAAAGAAUUGUUAGCUACAUUAACGCACAUGAUGGCGCGACAAACUGAAAUGGUUCCGAUGCGCAAAAGAAAAUAACACCCUUUUUGCGCAUCUUACGCAAAGUUAGUGCUUGAUUUCGUUUCACAAUCAUGUCAUGGAGGCUGUAGAAGUUUUUCACGGUUGCACACCUCAGUUUCUCGUUUGUGGGUGUAUGAAGUAUGCACCUUGUUUGACAGUAUUUACAUCGAUUGCAAUUGAAUUCUUGAGAGAUAGAUCGUGAAACAGCGAAAGAUUGUCGGCUACCGUUGUAUGCUUGUCACAGGAAAAUUUUUCAUUUGCGACCCAAAAAAGCAGGCACCGAAAAUAUCUUCAGGCAUAUAGCUAUCUAUAUAUGUAAACUGUAUAAGUAAUCUGAGGUAGCAAAGUCAUACAAAACAAAAAAGUCACAAAUCUGUUGCUCUCAAGUAAAAUAAAGGUAUUUAAUAUACAAGGUAUAA